GACGUCAUAUGACCAAAUGACGCGCCUCGCUAAGAUCAGCGUUGAUCGACCUGUCCUGAGUUCACAUGUUCGAUGUCCGAAUUCUAGAGGCGUUCCAGUCGUUAUUCCCAAGUAGGAUAUGGGAAACAUCCAAAUUCCCAGUUGUCUGCAGCAUUAGCUGCAAUGCUCUACCUACGUCAGCGUCACGUUUCGGGUGUUGCGUGGAGAAGUGGACUAGCUUUAGCUUUAGCAGCGUUAGCUCUAUAACGGUGAUGGCGGAGAGUGAGGAUUUCUAAAACGUCAACGGAGAUCGACAUUCACGAGAGGCGUUUAUUAAUAGUGAGCUCUGUGUCAUGUCUGUGAAGAACCCCUCAGACCUGCUCAAUGAAAACACCUACAUCCCACCUUCACUGACCCUUGACCUCUGCUUAUCCUAUGAAAGAAAGCUGGGCCUGAAAGAUACUCCUGGUUCAACCUCUUUCUCUCCAAAGAGCCGACACAACUACGCCAGCACAACCUCCAUCCAGCUCCUCAAAGGCAUUAUGGGUGGACUAGAGAAUGAUGAUGCAUCCCUCCAACACCAGGAAGAUGAAUGGAGCAGAAAUCAGGAAAAUGAACACAGUCUUCCAGUCUCUGAGAGCAACAUCAAGUGGAUGAAGGAAGAUCAGAACCAACUAUGCAAGUUAGCAGAGCAGCAGCAGCAAGACCAGAAUCUCAACCUGGUGGAAAACAAGAAUGAAUCCACAGACAGAAACCCAAACCAGAACUCACAGCGGCGAAAUGAAGAGAAGAACAAGACCCUGAAAGCGCUGUGCUCUGACUUGCAGGACUGGGCGACCGAUGAACCUCUUCUCAUCUACUCUUCUGCCGCCAUGAUGGAGAACAAUCAGGAAAACCAACAGCAGAUAAGAGACAAGGAAGCGGAAAGAGUGGAAGAGGAGAGCUUGAAUCCGUGUGUGUGCGUGAACACAGACGCUGAGGUGCAGAGGAGAGCCGGUGAGGGUGGCAAGAGCGCUCUACUGUCAGGCAGGACUGGCGUGACCAGUGACGAGGACUCCAGCUGCAUGUCUCUGUCCCAGGGCAGCACUGCGAGCAGCACCCCCGAUGGAGAGCCAGAGUCCUAUUGGGACGGCAGUGCAUUUGAGACGGACACGGACCUGCCUGCUGGCUGGAUGCGAGUGCAGGACACCUCGGGCACCUACUACUGGCACAUUCCCACAGGCACCACACAGUGGGAGCCGCCCGGGCCCCUGGAGGAGCGGCCCUCCAGCGCCUCGCCCGCGCUCUCGCCCGCUGACCAGCCACAGAUUACAUGGAGCGCUGUUUCACAAUCAAACACGUUUAGUGUUGAAGAACUCUGGCAGAAGGAGGAUACAGCUUCUGAUGAAAGUCUGAAGGAAUUUGAGGGAGCGACUCUACGCUACGCCUCCAUCAAUCUCAGUUUUUCUCAGUCUGAGGAGGAAGAGGAACUGUCUUAUGUCAGCAGUGCCGAGGGGGCGAAGUGUUUUGCUGUGCGAUCUCUGGGCUGGGUGGAAAUAUCAGAGGAGGAAAUGGCUCCUGGCAGGAGUAGUGUUGCCGUUAAUAACUGCAUCCGACAGCUGUCCUAUCAGAAACACAAUCUCGACGACACGGCCGGCAUCUGGGGCGAGGGGAAGGAAAUGCUGCUGGUGCUGGAAAAUGAGACACUGAAUCUGGUUGAGCCUCAUGGACGAACACUGCUCCAUUCUCAGCCCAUCGUCAGCAUCCGUGUGUGGGGAGUGGGACGCGAUGAUGGCCGGGAGAGGGACUUUGCAUAUGUGGCUCGAGACAAGUUGACUCAUGUGCUCAAGUGUCAUGUAUUUCGGUGUGACACCCCUGCAAAAAACAUUGCCACAAGCAUGCAUGACAUCUGCUCUAAGGUAAGGACAUAUGAGCUGCUGGCUGAAAAUAUUCAUACUCUUGUUCUUAUUUAAACAUUGAAGAUGUCGUUCGCUGCAUUGUGCAAAAUAUCCGAGAUUUAUUGAAACAACAGCGGUUCAGGUAUUUUUGAGCAGGGGAUAAUAAUUGGAGUGGUUACUCAUGCAAUGUAGAUGAGAACCUAACUUUCGCAAACUAACAGGAAAAUAAAUGUGUGCCCACUAGCAGAAUACUU